CGAAGAAGAGGAGGAGGAGGAAAAGGAAGCAACAAACUGCAACAACACCAACCAGCCUGCAAAGCUGAUGCAAACGCACUUCACCAUCCUGCAACGGUACUGCUGUCUACUGCGUCUCUAAAGUCUGUCACUGCUGGAGAGAACGCGUGCCGAGGCUCGAGACAGUGAAUGGAGUUGGCAGGUGAAGCCUUUAACAGAAAGCAGGACUUCUUAUUGUGUUGUAGGCUAUGAGUGUGGGUGAUGGAGGACGGUCAAUGUGGGGACGUGGACUACCUGAUCCAAGAUGAGGACACCCUCAUUGAAGGUGUUAGCAACCAGGUCUUAUUUGUUGUGGUGCUCAGUUUCACCUUCCUUGCAGGCCUCCUCACUCUGCUAUGCAGACAAGAGCAGCAGAACAUUCAUCCUGAGAAUCAGGAGCAUGUUCGAGCCGUCCGACAACAGCUCCAGACAGAGCAGGAUGAAAAUCCUCAGUCGGAGUCCAGGCAGCAGUAUUACGCAGACAUGUCUUGUCCCGUGUGUCUACAGCAGGCUGUUCUGCCUGUGGAAACCAACUGUGGACACCUUUUCUGUGGCUCCUGCAUUAUAGCCUACUGGAGGUAUGGCACAUGGCUGGGUGCUAUUAACUGCCCCAUCUGCAGACAAAUGGUAACGUUGCUCUUCCCACUAUUUCAUGAGCAAUCCACUCCUGAGAGGGUCCAGGAUGGCGAGGUAGAACCUCAACUCAUGUUAGCAGACAUCAACGAUUACAACCGCAGGUUCUCAGGCCAGCCAAGAUCUUAUAUGGACAGGCUGCGAGAUGUGCCCACCCUGCUUCGUCACGCCUUUAGGGAGAUGUUCUCCGUGGGUGGCCUCUUCUGGAUGUUCAGGAUCCGGAUUCUCCUCUGCCUAGUGGGAGCGAUCACCUACCUGGUCUCGCCGCUCGACAUCUUGCCCGAGGCGCUGUUCGGUCUGCUGGGAUUCAUGGACGAUUUCUUCGUGAUCCUGCUUCUCUUCGUGUACAUCUCUAUCAUGUACAGAGAGGUGGUCACGCAGAGACUGAAUGGCUAGGUGUUCACUCUUAUAUAAAAAGGAGGCCUCGGCUUGCUCAUACCAGGCUCGGGAAGAGGGGACGCAUGCAUCUGUAGGUGGACAUAUGAAAACUGAAUCACAGGACAGUUGGAUCAAUAAUGCUGGUUCACUCGGAGAGGUUUAAUUUGAAGCCUGGGAUGUUACUUAAUCACUGGAGAAGGGGUCAGCUGAAUGUUGACUCUGUAUAUAGAAUUUACCGUUAAGGGUUCAUAGAUUGAAUGACAUCAAGGCGAACGACAACACAGCAUAAGGAUGGUCUGUGGUCUAAUCAAGUACUUGAGGGACAAUCUUAAAUGAACAUUACUACCAGCCAAUUCCAUGACAGCAUCGCCAAAAGCAGUUAUUUGGUUAAUGUAACAUAUCAUUCUUAAUGUGUACCAUAAUGUGAUCUUGGAUGUACUGUAUUAAUGACAGUGUCUUGAUUAUAUAUGCAUUUAAAGUUGGCUGUCUGCAUCCAGAUUGUCGACUUGUGUUUACUAGAACCAUCCUACUGUGGCUAUUUCAGCCUGUUCAGUCAAUUAAACUGAUAAUGCACUUAUUUAAGUAA